GUUUGCACAAAGACAAAAAGCCCAAAUGCGCAAAGCCACGAAGACGACGGGACCUCAAACUGCAAACAUUACACAGAAAUAUUCUUUUCGUUAACAGAUAAACUAAAUGUAUAUAUAUCUUGCGAGUAUAAUGGACCGAGAACAAGAUCUGUAAUCAAAUUAACAAAACAUUUUCUGAUGAAAAGUUCAUACAUUAUACAUUUGCAAAUAGUGCACGUUUGGAAUGUUGGGAUGGCUAAACUGAUGAAGCGUCGAUCACAUUUGUCAAAAUUAUUUCUUUUAAUGAAUUUUAUGGCAUUACAGGUAAAUGCUAUCCAGACCGUUAAUCUUGUGGAGCUCUGCGACCAGACCAUCCAAGGAGACGGGAUCAUUGUCAAUUCUCAUCAGGAUUCCCGGAAGUACUACUUUGUCACCGUGGGGACAGACUGCCACCUCACCAUGCAGGCAGCGUCUGACAGAGACAGGGUGCAGUUCCACUUCCGUUUCUUCCUAGUCUACAGUCUGCUACGGGUUUCUGCAUUCAACCAGCACCACCUCAGCCCUACAACUCUGCUUCCGGAGGCCUCCAAAAGCAUCUCUUUUCCGGGUCAUGCAAGACCUGGGUAUCACAGUGAUCUAACUGCUAUGGAAGUGAAUGGGGACCCCUGUCAUGCUGGAUCUUACGUCCAAUUCUAUGAUGGAAAACACAAGGGUUCCCCACCAAUUGGACCACCGUUAUGUGGAAAGAGUUUGCCCAGUCCUGUCAUCUCCACUGGGAACUAUCUGACCCUGAGACUGGUGACCAGGGGAACUCAGCCAAGAGUAGACUUUGUGGGGGAUUUCACAUCCAUUAGAUUAGGUCAAGAAUUAUUCGCUCAAACUAGAGAGUCAGAAGUAACAUCUUCUCCAUCCACUAAUCGUCCUUUGAUGCCACCUGCCAACCAAAGCUGUGGGACACCAGACACAAGUCUUGAGCCAGACUCAGUCACAGCGUCUGGGGUGGGCUCCAGCCUGCCCCCCAGCACAGGAGAAGCAGAUUCCAAGACUGAUGUUCUGUGGCUCAUCCUGUACAUAACUCUGGGACUGCUGGUCGGUACGCUUGUGAUGUGCUGGUGCUGCUGGUCUCCCGGCUGGUUCCUGUGGAGGGUGAGCAUCUGCCGCUUCCUGCCCUGCUGUAACUCCACCUGCGCCUCCUUCCACCUGUGCGACUCUCGGAAGGAGUUCCGCCUGGCCAAGGUGACCCCUCAAGGACCCACCGGCGCUGCCACCUUUUAGCUAUGCAGUGUCGUGACUGGAAAUUCUCCCAUAUUAGACUAACAGAACCAUAUGUAACUGUUUUCCCAUUUGAAUCAUACACCACAUCUUUGGUGAAACUGUUUUUUGAAAGUUUUGUUGUAAGAUACUGCCAAAUUGUUAUUAACAGUAUUAUUUUGUAAUAAAACAUGUCCUUCCGGUUUA